AUGGCGUGCUGCACUGGGCUAUACGCCAUAGUGGCUGAUGGUGUUCACACCAAGCAGCCCAAGGAACUGAUGCAGUUGUACUGCGUCCAUGGCGUAUGCGACGGGGGCGUGGAGGUCCCACUUCUUUAUGCGAUGACGGCCCACAAGACUGAGGACGUCUACACGAAGAUCUUUGGACACUUGAAGGACCUGUUCGAAAAGUACCGUCCAAGACCAGUGCAGCGUCUACGAAUAGUCCUUGAUUUUGAGAAAGGCGCGCAAGAACUCAUCCAAGCUGAACAAGUUCAUCCAGGGGCACGGCAGAAUUCCGGUGGUGACCGAGUGGUGGGACACAAUAAAAGGAGUGGUUUUCCUCCCCAGGCGACUCUACCCAGAGGUUCGAGCGCUGUGGAACCCUCCAGUAGCGGCGGACCACGUCGCUUAUGCGGAAUGCAAGGAAUUCCUUGGAAUACUUAG